AUGGAAGAUUGGCGGCCUCUCCUGUCUGAGAGCGAGCAAGAGAACUUGGAGAAGUAUGAAGAGAUGCCACUUGCAGAUAUCUAUGGUUUAGUAAGGUUCAAGACCAAAUAUGGAACGCCCAAUGAGUUCGAGCCAGUCUUUAAUUUGGCCCAGUCAGCAGAGAAAUGGAAAACCAUGACCGCCAAUGAUGGAAGCAUUCCUUGCUUUACUAAGUCAUCUUCCUCAAGACUGUUCAACGGCAGAUUGAAAAGGUGGCUGACGGCAAGGGAGAAAGCCUGUAUUUCUGGCUUGUGCGUGUGCCCCAAGCAGGCCGAGGCUGCUGGCCUUUCCAACCACAUUGCUUGGGAAAAAGAUCUCCAGUGGCACAUGCGGGUUGGGAAUGCCCAACAGAUCCAGAAUGUUGGAUGUGUCCUGCUCUCUGUUUUGUCCUGCCUGGCAUUGAGGGAGGAAGCUCCAUCUUGCAUUUUGGACUUUGGCCCGCCAUCCCUACCAGAGGGCAUCAAGCACCUGGACGACGGUACCAUUUUACUGACCAUCGCUGGGAAGGCGUGCAAGGUGAAGGACAAGGAACUUGGCGCAAAGGCGCACAAGGAUCUACAUGAAAAGAAAUUGGCCAUCCAGACCUACACCAUUGACAAGAUGAAGGGAGAGCUGAUCGAGGCUGGAGGUGAUGCAGGCCAGUUCAACAAGGCAAAAGGGAAGGAGAACAAGAAGGAUGCUUUUAUGAGGGAGUGGUUCAGGGUGAAGGUUCUCCCAGAACUCGAAGCUGGUGGGAAUCUGGAUCCAUUGCCAAAGAAAGAAGCUGCUAAAGCCGUUCCAAAAGCCAAAGUUGCUUCCAAAUCAGCUGCCUUGCCUGAUUCAACAGAACCCGGCGUGGGCCUCAAAGCAGAUAUUUUGCCAGGAGAGGUGGAUGAAACUCCAGCCUUGUUGAGCAAGAUCUUGCUGCUUCAAGAUGAGUGGCUGCAAAAAGUGCUUGAUGGCACUAAAGUCCUAGAGUUGAGAAAGGCCAGAUUGACGUGCAAGGGGUCAGAAACCAUGUACCUUGCGGUGGGGUCCACCAUCUACGGUCGCUGCAGCAUUACUCCAUUGGUGACAUUCACUGACACGGUGCAGUUUGCCAAGCUGAAAGACAAGCAUUGUUGGGAUCAGGAUGACCCCCCCUAUGCUUUUCCCUUCAUUGGCCACGUGCUGUCGCAAGUGCAGAGAGUCAAGCCACUAGACUUUCUCAAACUCAAGGGCUGUCAGGGGAGGUGCUUGUUCAGACCAGUCGGGUGGAAAUCUGAGGAUGAGGAGUUGGCCAGCCAACAGGAGAUAGAGCCAAGUGGCCCAGCCAGCAAGCCAGAUGAAGGCUUGGAGGAAGCUAAAAGCGAGAAGAAAAAGCCCAAAGGAAAGGGGCAGAAGAAGAACAAGUGCGACACGGAAGAGCCAAAAGAGCCAAAGACAAAGAAGCCAAAAAGCACCGACAUCAAGCUUCUUCCAGCAUCGGCACUGGAAAAAGCAGAAGUUGUGCAGAUUGACCACAAGAGCCACCUGCUCCCAAGCACAGAUCGACUGAAGGCAAAGCGUGAAGUGCUGAAGAAAAAGACCGCCCACAUAGAUGUUCACAUCAGUGGCGGAGCCUUGGCCCACGUGAACAACGUCGCCUUCAAGCGUGCCCCAUCAUUGACCGGUGCUUAUUUGGCAGGCACAACAAAUGGGAAAUUUGUUGAGGUCAAGGCUGUGUGGGUACCAUCUUGGGAAUGUCACGGGUCUAUGGAGCUUUGGGAUCUGGCGUGCAACUCAGAGCUGGAGGAGUGGUUAUCCGGGAUCGAGAUGGAAGUGGUGGGAGUUCUUCUAGUCGUCCCAGAGCUUGAAACACCAGAGGUGUCCCAGUUGCAAGUAUUUGACAAGCUCUGGGCGAAAGAUGACCCGUCCUUUCUUUUUGGCUUGACAGGCAGCACAAAGCGCUCAACUCUGUACCGUUUGGAAGAUGGAAGCCCCAAAGAACUUAACCUCCAAGUGCACUGGACUGGGAAGCAGUCACACUAUAUUGCCCACAUAGUGUCUCAGACAGUUGCAGUGCUGGAUGGGAUUAAAGAGCAUGCAAAAGCUUCUGUGGUACUGGGCGGCAAGCGAAAGGGACUUCCAAACAAAAGUGCCAUGAAAGAGUUUUGGAAUGCCAAGCGGAGAGCCAUCCGACAGCAAGAUGAACGGUCAUCCUCCACUGGUGCUUUUUCUCAGAACAUGAGAAAUAUAGUAGAUGAGCUUCAAAAUGUGGUGCACUUCAUGACUGAAAGGAUUGCCGACUUUACUCCAGGCAAGUGCCCAAACAUUGCUACCGAAUUUUCCAAUCAUUUGAAUAGCUUCCCGCUGGCCAAGUCAGAAAUAGCCAAAGUGAAGUCCAUCAAGAAUGCACCAGAGGAUGUGGCAGAAGCUGGACAAUACCUUGCAGCGGUGAUGUCCUUGAAAGGUGCUUUGGAACUCCGCUUGGCAAGAAGGGCUUGCAACACUUCUCACACAUACGAUGGCCAGAAAUGGCUACCAAAGCGGUCAGGAUCCGCUUCCAUGUCAUCAUCCAGCAAGCGGUCACGGGCAAGCAGCAAAGACACUUGCAUGGCAGAAUCAUCGUACCAGGCGACACCUACCAAGGAGGACAGCCAACGAUAA